AUGUUAAUUCGGGCUCUUUCAAGGUCAAAAAUCCCAAAUUUCAGUAGCGUAAUAAUACUCCUUCAAAAUCUAGCAACUAAACAACCUGUUAUAAAUCAAACCCAAUUGCCAGUCUCAAAAGUCCCAACUAUCCAAUCUUUUUUGGUUCCUGGUUUACGGCAAUAUCACGAUGGAAGGCCAAGAGGGCCACUCUGGAGAGGCAAGAAGCUGAUUGGCAAAGAAGCCCUUUUUGUAAUACUUGGGUUAAAGAGGUUUAAAGAUGAUGAUGAUAAGCUUGGCAAAUUUAUGAAAGCCCACGUUUUCAGACUUUUGAAACUGGACAUGAUUGCUGUUUUGUCUGAGCUUGAGCGACAAGAGGAGGUCUCUUUGGCUGCUAAGAUUUUUAGAGUGAUUCAAAAGCAAGACUGGUAUAAGCCUGAUGUGUUUCUCUAUAAGGAUUUGAUUAUGGCAUUACUAAAAGCUGGAAAAAUGGAAGAGGCGAUGAAGUUAUGGGAAGCUAUGAGAAACGAGGAUUUGUUCCCAGAUUCUCAAAUGUAUACUGAAGCCAUCCGUGGAUACUUGAGGGAUGGGUCCCCUGCUGAUGCGAUGAACAUAUAUGAAGACAUGAAGAAGUCACCGGAUCCACCGGAGGAGUUGCCGUUUAGGAUUUUGUUAAAGGGGCUUCUACCGCACCCGCUUUUAAGGAACAGAGUAAAGCAAGAUUACGAGGAGCUGUUUCCAGAAAAACAUAUUUAUGAUCCUCCCGAAGAGAUAUUUGGCGUGCUUUGA